AGGAAAGUACCUAGGGGUCCCUGUCAUCCAUGGAAGGAUUAAUAGGAACACUUAUCGUUAUAUCAUUGACAAAAUUGAUCAGAAAUUGUCUUCAUGGAAAGCCAGAACCCUUUCCCUUGCUGGUAGGGUUACCCUCGCUCUUUCUGUGUUGAAUGCCAUCCCUGUGUAUGCUAUGCAGACCUCUAUGAUUCCUAUUUCUGUUUGUGAGUUGAUUGACAAGAAAAUCAGGGGGUUUGUCUGGGGAUCGAGUGAGGAAAAAAAGAAAGUUCACCUUGUCUCUUGGGAUAAUGUUUGUAAACCUAAGAACCAAGGGGGGCUGGGUUUAAGGUCUGCUAGAAGCCUUAAUCUUGCCUUCAUGAUUAAGCUUGCUUGGCAGAUUCUUAACAAUAGCUCCGAUUUGUGGGUGCAGGUUAUACAGGGAAAAUAUUUCAAGCACAAGGAGGGCCAAAUUGUGGGAAUGAAAAAAAGCAACCACUCUAGCUUGUGGAAGGCAAUCAUGAAGGCCAUGCCCCUUAUGAAGAGUGCCACAAACUGGAGCAUCAGGAAUGGAAGAACCACUAGCUUCUGGCAUCAUCCAUGGCUGGAUCAAGGCAUUUUCCUCAAGGAUUUCAUUACUCAGAAUAGUCCUAUCCCACAUGAGGACUCAUCAGUUGCUGACUGGACAGACUACAAUGGAAACUGGGAUUGGCAAAAGCUUCAGACCCUCCUCCCUCAUAAUCUCCUGCCCCUGAUUGCUGGAAUGGAACCCCCAAAAAGUAAUAUGGGAGAAGACAAAUGUAUUUGGGGCUUGGAGAGGGACGGGAGGUUUAGGCUCAAAUCAGCUUAUAAGCUUGCUGCUGAUCAGCUGGAGACAACUGAGGAGGGUUUUUGGAAGAAGCUCUGGAGUUGGAAGGGGCCAAGUCGCACAAAACACUUCCUUUGGUUGGUGAUGCAUGACAAACUUCUCACAAACAAGGAACGCGUGAAAAGGAAGCUCACCCUGAAUGGCAACUGUAACCAUUGUAAGGACACUGAAGAAACCACAGAACAUAUCAUCAGACUCUGCAGGAAGACUGAAGGGGUCUGGGAAAAGUUCAGAACCAGGGUUACUUGCAAGGAUAGAAACCUACCUUUCAAGGAGUGGAUGUCCAAGAACCUUGAGGAUGCAAACCAAGGUACUGAAUUUGGCCUGAUUGUGUGGCACCUUUGGAAACAGAGGAACGAGGAAUGUAUGGAAGGCACUGUGUAUGUGGAGAAAUCACUUAUUUGCAGGAUUGAGGCUUGGUUCAAUAUUUAUAAGAAGGCCCUGCAAAAUGUGGACAGAAGCUUCAUGCCCGAAAGAACGAGAAGUGAAGUCCAGGUUGGAUGGAUCCCUCCACCUGAGGGAUGGGUACAGGUCCAGACUGAUGGUUCUGUCCUCUCUCCCUCAGGUUUUGCUGCUGCAGGUGGCCUUAUUCGUGACUGCUUGGGACGCUGCUGUGCAGCUUUUGCUUGCAACUUGGGAAACUGCUCAAUCACUGCAGCAGAACUCAAAGGAGCAGCUGUUGGGCUUGAGAUCGCAUGGGAGAAGGGCUUCCGCCAUGUUGAGCUCAAGCUGGACUCUACUACUGCUAUCACCAUUAUGAAAAACCGGUCGGAUGAUGAUCACAGGCAUGGACUGCUGGCCCAACACAUCAGCAACCUCCUGAAUCGUGAAUGGAUUGUGUCUGUUUCUCAUGUGUAUAGAGAAGGAAAUCAUGCUGCUGAUUUUCUUGCUAGUUUUGGUCACAAUCUUACUUUUGGAACACAUCAUGUUGAUGUGGACAGCCAUGAGCUUUGUAAAUGGCUUGACUAUGAUGUUAUGGGUGUUUCACAACCCAGGUUCAUUAAUAUAUGAGUUCUAGACGCUUUAGCGUCUGUCUUUGACCAAAAAAAAAAAAUAAUUUUACCCUCCCAAACUAUUGUUGCAUUUUUUUAUUUUUUAUUUUUUUUUUGCUGUCUUGCAUGAUGAUGGGACUAUUAACUAUGUGGUCGAAUUGGUCAUAUCUCGAUAUUUAGUCUUUAGAUGCACAUAAGUCCGGUUUUGUAAAUAUUAUUUUGUCAAUAUCUAGCGAAUGUAGGAUCACGUAACGAAGGAUUCAACGACAUCAAGAAUUGUCUAGACUUAUCGCGCAAGUCCUUGUCUGGGGACCUAUCAGCAUCUUGGGGAAGCUCCAAAAUUGGAAGAUAUCGAGGAGGAGGUCGAAAUAAUAAUGUGAUUAUCUG